UUUUUCUCGAAGAGGGAAGAAGAUCUAUUUAAAGAAGGUAUGUUUAAGAAGAAUCAAAGCCGCCAAAGGUAGAAGAAGACUUAUGGCUCAAAGGCUUAGCCCUUUCUUCCUCUUCCUCGCCGUCUUGCCAGUACUCGCCGUCUACACGACGCCGCUCCCAGCCCCCGGGCCGCUGGUGUCCCCCAGGGAGAACGCGACGGAGUUCAUCCGGUCGCGCUGCGGCGCCACGCGGUACCCCGGCCUCUGCUACACUUCGCUGGCGGGAUACUCCGGCGCCGUCCAGCAGAACCCGGCCCAGCUCGCCCGCCUCUCCGCCAACGUAACCCUCUCUCGCCUCGCCUCCCUCAUGGCCCGUGUCGCCCGCCACCGCCGGGCCUGCCACCCACUCAACGUAUCCGCCGCCACCGCUGCCUGCCCCGAGGCGGCGGCGCUGGGCGACUGCGCGGAGACCCUCGGAGAAGCGUCCGACCUGACAAGGAAGACCGAGGAGGAGCUGCGCGGGCUGGCGGAGGGCCCGGCGGCGGAUGCGGCUUGGCGGGUGUCCAACGCGCAGACGUGGAUGAGCGCGGUGCUCAGCGACGAGGAGACGUGCUCCGACGGGUUCGAGGAGGUGGCUGCCGGAAGUCGAGCGAAGACGGACGUUACCCGGCGGUUAUGGCACGUGAAGAAGUACACCAGUAACGCACUUGGCUUGGUCAACAGCCUCACCGGCACUCUGUGACGCAUCACGUCUCGGUUGACCGGGAUUACUUUCUAUUUGCAUUUCUGAUGCGUUGACCAAGGACUCACUGUGCUCGGUUAUUUUCCGCUAAUAAUAACAAUAAUGAAUAGUCAACGUUGGCAUUGACCA